CACAUGGUUCCGAUCCGUGUCCAAUCAGCUCUGCUGCAUGAGCAAAAGAUCCAAAGAUACUGUGCUCGUUAUUUGGCGCGUGCGCUACUUACCACGAUUGGUAGCUUUGGCUUGCCAUCACACAAAACUUCUGGAAGUCCAAGCCAAAAUCAUUUUUUUCCCGAACCCGAAGACACAACACAACAAAAUAACAUAACAGCAAGCAAGCAACCAUGGCCGAAGUGAAGGAAGCGUCCAAGAUCCCCAGCUCUUGCAGCCAGACCGAGUCUACCGUGCUCGAGGCCCCAUUGUUGAAAUCCUGGUCGCUCUUUCGUGGCUUUGCCUUUGAAAAGAUUGCUCCUGGCCAAGUCACCGCCACAGAGUACGAAUCGGGAGCCGAAGGCGCCGUGGGCAGUGUCAUCAAGAUGACCUACAAAGAUGGGUCAAUCUGGAAGAUUCGUGUCACGGAAUUCAGCGAGCGCAAUCACACUUUGGCGUACGAAUUGUUGACGGCCGAACCGGCACAUGCAUCUACCUCUGUCCAAGGAGAAAUCAAGUUGUUGGCCGUCACCACCGAUGACCACACAUUUGUCAGUUGGACCACAGAGUUCUCCAAUGACGCCGAUCUUACUGUCAUUUCCGAUCAAAAGUACAAGAAGCAAGAAUUUUUCAAGGAUGUCAAGUCCAAUCUCUAAAAAAUAUGAGAGGAACACAAAAUAGACGAGAAAAAAUGGUAUGAAAUAAAUGGGCAAAAAGGAAAAGCGCUGAAGCGAUUGAAUGACGAGGUUCUCCUUCGGCGUGGCUCGUUUGUUUUUACCAAUCAGCUAUCAUCUCCUUUUAGAAAAUGCUGCAGAAGAAAAACAAUUUACUUUUUGAUCACUACCAGUGGUAGAGUGGUAGACAUAAGGUUUAGAUGUGCUUG